UGAUGGCUGCUGAAAUUACCUUGCAUGGUAAGAUUCCCUGACAGGAAGGCAAAAGCAGAGAGAAAGGAGAAGGGACGAUAAAUCUGGAAACACCUCCCUUGAAGAUCUCUCUUGGCCAACCAUUUGGGUUCUUGAGUAUACAGCAAAGCCAGCCCGCAUUCAGCCACAUAUUGCUGGCCUCCUGUGCGCCUGAGAGGGAACCCCUUGCCAUCCAGCCCAAGGAUCAACGAAUGAAACUACAAACUUAAAAGAAAAACCUCAAGUAAACCAAUCAGGACUCAUUUUGACUGCAAUUCAGACAUGUUGUCUGGGCAUAAGAAGAGAGCCCAGAAAAGAGUUUCUGUAGGUCCCACAACCAUGGAGGCUGCAAAAUCAUCUCCAAGGCUGCAAGAUCCCAGACAGUCUCCAGUUGAAGUAUCUGAAGAAUCUCUCCAUAGAGAACAACCACCAUUAGAUCCAAGAAUACAGUCAUCAGUCACUGAAGCGAUUCUACAUCUCUUAAGAGAGGUAUCAAAGGAUACCAAACAGCUACGAGCAGGGCAAGUUUCUCUCCGUUCUGAGAUGGCCCUGUUAAGAGCCUCGAUAAGCCAAAUCCAUGAACGGCUUGAUGGCGUUGAAUCUCGAUUUUCCUCUUUGGAAGACAGAGCUUGUGAAACCCAACAAACAGCAUCAAUCAUGUUGGCAUCACAGUCUGACCCCAGGGCAUUGCCCGGAGCAUCCACUUCUUCCUUCAGCUCUCACCAAAUUAUCUCCGAUGCUUCUCAAACUGCAGUUUCACCAAGUUCUUCUGCUGAGCAUGCUGCUGUUGCAUCAAUUGAACCUGCAGCUCCAUCAGCAUCAGAACCGUUCAGAGCUGUGCCCAGUAUCCUGGUGUAUGUUGAGACUGAGGAGAAGGCCCUCCAAGUGCUUGCUGAUGCAUGGUCCCAGGAGAGGACAUCUGAGAGUGAGACAGCUCAUGCACAGGCUGGUCACCAAGAGAACACCUUUUCUUCAGCACCACCUCCCAUUGCUCCAGAGUAUAAACCAGAGCCCCAACCAUUGACAAGCACAGAGGAGAAGGCCCUAGAAACGUUUGCUGAUGUGUUGUCCCAGGACAGGAUCUCUGAGGGCAAGUCAGCUCAUACAGAGGCUGAGGAAUUUGAUCCCAAGGAAGACAUCUUCUCUGGAUCAUCACCUCAAAAGAAUAAGCCAGAUCCACAACCUUUGAUGAACAGCCUUCCAGAGACCUCUCAGCUCAGGCAGCCCACAACUUCAGAUGUUGUGCGGAAAGAAGCACCACCAACAGCCAUACAAUUUUCCAGAAGACUUUCCUCUAACAAGAGAUCCAGUAGCACUGCUUUGGCCUGUGGCACUACCUCUGCUGGGAGUCGCAGUCAUCUUGUUUCACCACCUCCCACAAAAGUGAUGCCUCCCAUCAAACGUCAACGGACAUCCAUUGCCUGGCAGUAUUUCACAAGGAAGUCCAAGUACAUUGCUACCUGCAAGGACUGUGGAGUGGAUGUGAGAAUUGGAAAAAGAGGAGGCUGUGGCAUCUUAGGGACUGCCCCUCUGCUCUCACACCUCAAGCGCAUCCAUCACAUUGUCCAGAAAAAAAAGGCACCAUCUGUGUUGCCUGAAGCCAUGUCGAAGGUCCACAGUACAGAAAGACCUUCCACCACUGAGAGACCCAGCAGAAUUUCAUCACCUGCCUUAUCAUGUGGCACUACUUCUGUAAAGGCUGUCUGUCAUCUUGCCUCAUCACCCCCAACAAAAAUGAUGCCUCCCACCAAAUGUCAACAAACAUCCACUGCCAAACGUCGACGAACAUCCAUUGCCUGGCACUAUUUCGCAGAGAAGUCCAAGUACAUUGCUACCUGCAACAUCUGUGGAGUGGAUGUGAAAAUUGGGAGAAAGGGUGGCUGUGGCAUCUUGGGGACUGCAGCUCUGCUCUCACACCUCAAGCGCAUCCAUCCCAAUUUUAAAAGAGCUGCAAGGGCUUCUAAAAUGGCGGCAGCAACCACUGGACAGACCCGUGGCCACUGUCACUUGUAGUUUGACCGUUUGUCUCCAGGUGAGAUGUUGGGUCUGUAUGCUGCUUACUGGUCCAGUAUGGCUCUACUGACUCCAUUAACAAUGCUGCUGUCCGAGUGAACUGGAAGGCCCAACUGAAAUAUUACCUCAGCAGAGCCCACUGUCCCCAUCACCAGCAUCCGGACCAGCUGCCUCUCCAGGACUACCUGCCCGUCACUUCUAAGUCUAGGCAAAAGAUAACUGAGGGGGGGACAUGAAGAAGGUUUAUAAAAUUACUACAGGCCCAUCCCUGCUCACGCUGUUCACCAACCCUGUAAGCCACCACACUUGCCAUUCAUUUUGUAGGUUCACUAGGUCUUUAGGGUCCAGAGGGUAAACCCAAACGUGGCAUUCGACCAUAUUUUUGUCCUAUAAUUUUAUUUAUUUAUUUAAACUUUUAUGUGCUUCCUUUCCACUCAAAAUUAAGUCCCCCAAGUUGGCGAACAACAGAUAUUAAAAGGUUAAAUAAUAUUUGGAAUGCAUUGAUAAAUACAAUAGAAAACAUAGAUUUAAACACAAACACAAAUUAUCAGCAAAAUAGUAAAGAGUUCAGUAGCACCUUUAAGACUAACCAACUUUAUUGUAGUAUAAGCU